AUGAUACCAUGUAAAAUUGUAAAACUCCUUACACUCUUCAUUCUCACCAGUUUCAACAGAAAUGGAAUAACCCGAACUGCAUCGAAACCCUCCUCCAAUGUGUUCACCUCAUCCAAACUGAAAGCAUUCCCCACUCCACAGUCUUCCAAUUCGCCAGCCAAACUUUCAGAGAAAAAUCAAAAUGAUCAAAGCAUAAAAUACAACAAAGAAAUCACUUACACAAUUACUGAAGAAUCGAAUGUUCCACAAUUGAUUGGUGAUUUAAUAAAUGACUUUAAUUUAAACAAGUAUCUACUGCGCCAUGUUUUAAAUGAACCGCGUCAAUCCCCAAUGGAUACUAAUAAUAAUAAACAAAAUAAUCAAUCUAAACAAAUGCUUAGCAUCGACUUGAUCGCAAAUCAUUAUCAAUCAACGCAGAUGACAGAUGCUGAUCUCCCACGCUUGCAUUUAUUCCCUUCGAAUCAAUGGAGUGCAGAAUAUUUCCAUAUAAAUUAUCAUAAUGUAUUUAAACAAGAAUUGAUACAAAUUAAAAAGUUGGAUCGUGAUCGUUUAUGUCAGUUGAAUGAUUUCAAUAAAACCGCAGAACAACCACAACAUCAACAACAGCUAAAACACUAUGAUACAUGUAUGUGUUCAAGCGAUAUUUGUUCAAUGAUUUAUAGUGAAAAAUUGAAAUCAUCAUCAACGCCAUUAUUAACCCGUGAAACAUUGAACCGUGGAGGGAAAUUUGAAUCCGGUGAAUUAUCCUUAUUACUACUACCUUAUUGUCAAUUUAUUAUGACUUUAGCUAUAAAUCUGUUUCAUACUGGUAUGGAAAUAUUUACUAUACGGAUAAAAUUGUUAGAUUUAAAUGAUAACUAUCCAAGUUUUAAACCAUUUACAAAAUAUGAGGUCAGCUUUACAGAAGACGAUCGAAUCGGUGUAAGGCAUCAACUGCCUCUUGCUACUGAUGUAGAUAUGUGCUUGCAUUCAGAGAUAACGUAUCGAUUGGAGGCAGGUGAAAGUUUCAAUGAAGACGAGGGUGUACUCUCUGAAAAGCCUGUUAAUUUAAGCAAUUUAUUUAGUUUAAAAUUAACUGAAACGUUGAAUACCAAAGUUUUAGAGAUCCAAUUGGAGCAUAAACUUGAUCGUGAAAAAAGAGACAAAUAUGAUCUUUACUUGUUAGCUAUCGAUGAUAACAGUGAUCUGCAUAGACGAGAAGAGAACAGGCAUACAACUACCCUUCCAAUUAUUAUAUACAUUCAAGAUGUAAAUGAUUGUAAGCCCGAAUUUCGUGUAAUGAAUGGAUCACGCCAGACACCGGCUAAAUUGUCUGAACCUGUAUUCAUUGAAGUCGCGGAGAAUGCAGCAGUUGGACAUGUUAUUACGCAAUUUCAAGCUACUGAUGAAGAUUUUGGGGAUAAUGGAAGAAUUCGUUAUGAUAUGGGACAGUAUACACAUUCAAUUACAAAAUCAUUUUUCAGGUUGAAUUCAACUACCGGUGAAUUAAUUGUACAAAAUCCGCUAGACAGGGAGGCAGCACCAUUCUCAACUGGUCUACACCGUUUCACUAUCACAGCACUGGAUCAUGGUAUUCCACAAAGAAGUUCAAAUCUUUUAGUGGUAUUACAAAUAUUAGAUGUCAAUGACAACCAUCCAUUGAUACAAUUAACAGAAGAAGCCGGCCAGUAUCGACAACAUUUACACAAGAAUCCCCUAAAUAUGAUCAACAAUAAAAGCGAGUUACACAAUGAAAGGAUAAAGGAACUUUGGCAUUCAAUAGUCAAUAAUAAAACUAUAACUGCAAGUUCAAUUAUUCAACAACUCCGAAAUGUUUCACUGCAUACUAAAAUGAUUGGUAAUCAACCGAAGAAUACAAUAGCUACAUUUCUGACCGUUAAUGAUCCUGAUCUGAAUGAAAAUGGUACAGUAACCUGUUUGAUCGAAGAUCAAUUAGUCGUCUAUUCGAAAAAUUAUUCAAAACAGAUCGGAUCUGAUUAUCACAGUGAUGAUUCUUACAACUAUGCUAAUAAUCAGUUCAUAUCGCUGGAACCAUUUGAAUUCGGCAGUGGAGUAAAUCGUCAAGACUGGCAAUACCAUCAGUUUGACGACGAUAGGGAUUUAGUCAAAACGAAACCACUCACCACUGAUCCUGACAAUCAAAGGACAGAGUUUCCAGACAAAGGACGGAAUUCAAUGUAUUAUAAUGCGUCGGCUCAAAAUGCCAAUCAAUACACCUAUCAGCUGAAAACAAAGACGUUUUUCGAUCCUGAUAAGAUCUCCGACUUUUAUCUUCUUAUUCAAUGUCAUGAUCAUGGCACUCCAUCGCUGACUACCAAACAAACUGUACACGUUGAAAUUGUUGAAAAAAUCAAUGACAAUAGAGAAGGAGAAUUAAAAUUUUCCUAUUUAAAACUUUUAGGCAAUUUUAUUCGUAAUGAUGUCAAUUGCGAUUACUAUUAUUAUUAUCAUAAUUAUUAUUCAAACAGCGUGUCACACUCAACACUUUCAGGAAUCUAUUCAUCAGAUCAAUGGAGUACUGAUCAAUAUGCGAUCAGUGGGAAACGAGAAUCACAGAGUCAUUAUAAGGUGGAAUUUGUUUAUCACUCUGAAUUGCACAGUACCCAUUUUCAAGCAGAAUCAAGCGUGUGUUUACUUCUUCUUCUUCGAAGAAAUAUUCUUGUAGGUCAAAAGUUGUUUACUGUUGUAGCAAAAGCUGCUGGUGAGAAAAAAGAAGAGAAUUUUCAAAUUAUUUAUGAACUGAUUCAAGAGAUACCUGAUGGAGAUACCUUCAUCAUCGAUUCAAUAUCUGGUACAGUCCAAUUGCGAAACACUCAACCUCUUCUAACCAACCGCCAGCCAAUUAAAAAACAAUUGAUAAUACAAGCUUCAAAAAUUGGCACCCUUUACGAUUAUUCGAAACAUUUAAAUCAUAAAAUUCGAUUACUACUUAAUCUGACAAUCAGUAGUAGUGGUAGUAGCAGUAGCGAUAACCAGCCAAUAGAAACCUCUACAACUUCGGUGUCAGUUCACCCGAAAAGUAACAGUCGAAUUUAUCUGAGAAAGGCAUUCACUAAUGACUCAUUUAUUGUCUAUUCAAAUCAUACCUAUGAAUUUUAUACUCCGGAAUCUAUGCCUCCAGGAACUCCUGUGCUACAGAACACAAUAGUAUACUGUGUCGAUCCUUUUAACAAUAUCUCUGAAGCCAGCAACCAUUUGGAUAAGCGGUGUGAAUUAAAACUAACUGAAAUCGACCCUCCAUCCCUGUUAUCGAACAACAAAAAUUUCUAUCUAUCACCCACUAAAUUCUUAUGUGACAGCUACUCGAACGAGGUAUGCACAGGGUAUACAAUCUUGACAAAUCAUCCACUUGAUCGUGAGCGGCAAGAUCGACACAUUUUCACUCUGACAACAUCAUCAAUUGAUCGGGAUCUCACCGUCUCAAAACCUGCCGAGAAUUCAGUGAAAAUUAUACUUCAUGUACAAGAUGUGAAUGACAAUGCACCAACCUUGAAAGAACCUUUCUAUUCAACCAGUUUUUUAACACCACCAGUCAAAAGUAUUAUCAGCAGUAGAAUGACUUUUAAUCCCCCGUAUUACAUAACCAAUGUAUCUAUAUCAUAUAAAGUACCACAAGGUUAUGUAAUUAUUCAAAUGAAUGCAGAAGAUAAAGAUAUUGGUGAGAAUGCAAGGUUAAGUUAUACACUACAUUAUAUGCGGUCAUUUCCAGAGACUGGUUAUGAAGGCAACAGACAAAGAUGGCAGGUUAAAUCUUUUAUCGUAUUGAAUUCCCAUACGGGAGUUUUGAGUACAACAAGACAAUUAUUAUUGAGUGAUGUGGGAAGAUAUAUCCUAUUCAUAACAGUUCAAGAUCAUGGGAAACCUCAACCUCUAAGCACAAAUUCUAUUAUAUACCUCAAUAUAUUACCUAUGGAAAUAUAUCAGAGACCAGUGAAUGACUUACCUGAUUCUCUAUCGGGAAGCCAUACUUUACCCUCAUACUCCUUGCAUUCUUCAUCCUCCUCUGCUGCAUCAAUCCAUCAAUUCAGCACAGAUGAAUAUGAUUCAAGGGGAUUAGGCGCCAAUCACCUCCUUCAUUUAUCAUCACAACCUUCAGAAUCUCUCAGUAGGCGUAAUUCAUUAUUAUGGCCUACGACAAUUGGUAUUGUCUCGACAAUUUUCCUUCUAAUUAUCACCAUAAUCGUUAUCGCUAUUCUGUAUCGUAUGAAAUCUAAAUCUACAAAUGCCCAACAAGAGGAAGUAAAACUUGAAGACGUCAGUAACGCUAUGACCUACAAUUUAGAUAUCAGUCCAUUGUCCGUAGAACAAAACAACACAACUUAUUUACCUCAAUAUGAAAAAGAUAUUUUAUUACAUUACAUGGAUCGGAGUAAAUGUAACAGUCCAAAUGGAUCCAUUCCAACAGGUUAUAUUCACCCGAAUUUAAGCAGCGCGGCGUCAUUGAAUAUGUAUUAUCCUAAUGCGUCACAUGGAUAUGAUACAAGCUCUUUCAAUGAGUUAACUAAUCCGAAUCUUCGAUAUCAACACUUCAGCGCAAAUGAAUCAAUACAAGAUGGAGUUAGUGCGUCAAUACACUAUUCACCGAUCAGUCAUCCUUUUGUACAUAAUAUUUCUACAGCUUAUGUAACAGAGAAUCGUUAUCCAACUUUAGCGCCAACUACAGAAUCAAUUUAAACAAAACAAGAUUAUUAUUAUUGUUAUU